UUUUUGAACAACGCAACACAAAUACUUUGGUACUCACCAAAUUACUUCCGCAUCCGCUAUGUUUUCUGUUUCGCGGGACAGCACGAAAAAGCUAGAGGAAUGUCGUUGUUUGUAUGGGAUGAUGGAACGAAUGUGAGAUUCCGCACCCUUGUGACGAAUUGGCACUUUUAGUAAACUCUUCGUAGUUUGUUACGGGUUUGGUUCGUGUUGUCACGGCGGAGCAUUGGUCGCUACGCUGCGACUCCCAGAGACAAACAUGUCUCUGCUGUCCAUGAUUGAGCAAGCUAUCAAAUCUUGCAAAUAUGAACAAGCGAAGAUUAACCACAAUAUUCAACACUACAGAGAAAUACUACAGACCUUAACACCACAACCAAAGAUGGGCACUGAUGAGUCAGAAUUCGCAGAUGACGCCGCUCCAGAUACAGUUACCUCACCCGUGGAGAAAGAAGAAAUGGAACUGCUUGAGAGAGCACUGGAGAAAGCUCUUCGGGUCCGCACUGGCACAGUGUCUUCUAAAAAAGACUCAAACAAACAAUUUGCAUGUCGAAAGGCAUCCAGCACUUCAGCUGUCACAUCGAAAGAGGGAAUGCAGGCUUCUACAGCUCCUAAAGGAAACCAGAAAACCGUCAGAUCUACCUCUAAAUCAGCCAGUCUUGACAGAAAAGAUCACAGAAAGCCUGCUGGGAUUGUGCAUCAUCAGGCAGCAAGGGCAUCACAGCAGGCUGUCUCGGCGUCUGGCUCACUAGGUCGGGGUCAGUUACACACCUCGACCCUCCACUCAAAAAACAAAACUAUAAGAAGCAAUGAGCUGAGUGGGACUGACCUGGGCACAGCUGCAGCUUUUUCCACUCAUUCACAUAACACAGUGCCUGUUUCACAUAGAUUGGAGUCUGGAGCUCACAGUUUACCUCCACAGAAAGGGAAAGCUUCUGAUCAAACAGCAAAAUGGAAAUCUCUAAGAAGGAAACAAAACAGGUUAUGGGACAAAGUCGUUGCCCUACAAAGGAAACCUGUGUCAGGGAGGAGUCACUUCAUGGAGAGAAUGACAGCUUUGUUCCCCAAGGAUUGGCCAUGUGGUUGCCCGGAUCAGACCAGGGUUUUGGUCGCAAGACUGACUCACCAAGGGCAUGACCUCACCCAGCACAGGCAGGCAGAGGAGUUUCUGGGCAAACAGACGCUAGAAGUAGCCACAGAGCAAGGUUCUAAAACAAACCAGCAUGACUCCUGUCUGGAACUUGAGAGGUUGUUGGUGGGAGCAGAUCAGCUCCAGAACUCUGCACACCAAGCAAAACAAGUCCACUGCCGUUGUCCAAAAUGUUUCUCGAUUCCGGCACGGAAGAGGGUCCGUAAGCGAACUCCAGCCCUAACCCUGCUGUCUCUACCUGAAGAGGUCCUCCUCUGUGUGCUCCAGUGCCUCUCUGCUGAAGACCUGCUGUCUGUCAGAGCAGUUCACUCCCAGCUGCGGGACAUUGUUGACCAGCACUCCAGUGUAUGGGCCAGGGUCAGUUUCAGGGACACUUGGCCAUCCCCUAGCUCCUUGUGGCUUUUUGAAAGAGCUGCCGAGAAAGGGAAUUUUGAAGCUGCUGUGAAGCUAGGCAUCGCGUUUUUGUACAAUGAAGGACCAUUGCUGAGUGAUGAGGGGCGAGCGGAUGUAUGUGGUCGCAAGGCCUCCCACUUCUUCAGCCUGGCAGAGAGUCUGCACUCUCCCACCACAGAUCCCUUCAUCUGGGUGUUCAUCCGUCCACCAUGGUCCCCCACCGGCAGCUGCUGUAAAGCUGUGGUGUUCGACCGUCUCAAGGCUGAGUGUGACAAUAACGUGGAGAAGAGAGGACCCUUGCUGCACUGUUUGGCCAGAGUUUUGCAGCUCUUUCAAGAUGAGGAAAGACGCAAGGAGGCCAUAUCUAUGUUGGAGGAGUCUUCAAAGUCUGGCUGUCUGCAGAGCUCCUACAUGUUGUGGGAACACAACCGGAAAGCAGCUAUGGCAGAUCCAGGCAGGUACCUCCAGUAUAUCCGAACCCUGAGGGACUAUGCCGGCAAAGGAUGCUGGGAGGCACAGCUGUCUCUGGCUAAAGUGUGCAGCAGUGGGAAUCCUCUGGGUCUGGAGUCCAAGGCCUGCUCGGACCUGGUGGCUCAGCUCUUCAAUUCCCCGAACCCGGCGUCACGACACUGCACUCAGGGCGUCCUGAGGCGAGACAUCAAGGACACCAUGAGGUACAUCCUGGUGGACUGGCUCGUGGAGGUGACCACCAUGAAGGAUUUCUCCAGCCUGACGCUGCAUGUGACGGUGGGCUGCGUUGAUCGAUACCUCGCCCUGCGCUCUGUGCCCAAGGCUCGCCUCCAGUUAUUGGGAAUUGCCUGCAUGGUAGUUUGUACACGCUACGUCAGUAAAGAAAUCCUGACCAUACGGGAGGCGGUCUGGCUCACAGACAACACGUACAAAUAUGAGGACCUGGUCCGAAUGAUGGGCGAGGUCGUCUCUGUGCUGGAGGGAAAGAUAAGGAGUCCCACUCUGCUGGAUUACGGUGAGGUUCUGCUGUCUCUGCUCCCUCUGGAGAGAAGGACCAUGCACAUGUUCAGCUACGUCUGCGAGCUGUCGCUGCUAUACUCUGCUCUCGCCACACCACCGCCUUCCAAACUGGCGUGUGCUGCACUACUGCUUACACGAGCACUACAUCACUAUGCUCCCCUGUGGCCGAGCCAGCUGGUUGACUACACAGGAUUCUCCAAGCAAGACCUCGCCUCCCUCUCUGUGCUGCUCUAUGUCAAGUGUUUUAGCCCGGACGUUCCCAAAGAUUACAGGCAUGUAUCUCUUACUGGUGUAAAGCAACGCUUUGAAGAUGACGCCUACCAGCAUAUCAGCAAAGAAAAGGUGAUGGAUUUCAAAGAGCUGUGUCAGAUCUUGGAGGUUCCUGAGGUGGAGCCCCAGAUGGAGCCUCCCAGUCCCACCGGUCCCCCAGCAGACAUGCACACCUUCCUCGCCUCUCCAUCCAGCACCAACAAGAGGAGACGCGAUGACGCAAUGCAGGCCCGCAGAGCCGAAUUUGUUGCCACGCCCACGGCAGAGCUGUCCAAUCAGGAGGAGACGCUGCUGGUGGACAUCCUGGACUGGAGCCUGGACACGUCCAGUUCCGGUUAUGAGGGGGACCGGGAGGAGGAGAGCGAAGGAGAGAAAGACGCUGAUUCUUCGAUGAUAUCUAUCAAACUGCACUUGCUGACUGAUGAAGACAAAAGACUAGAGCACUGCAGAGCCUUGUCCAGCGACGAAGAAAGCUUCUCUGAAGCGGAGAGGGAGGUGAGCAAGGAUUCCCAGGACAAGGAACCCCUCCCCUCCCCUGCAGACGUUCACAGCUCAGGAUACUCCUCUGUCCAGAGUGUUAGCCCCUCAUCCACAUGCUCCUCCUCCUCCCUCAUGCCUUGCACAUUCAAAACCUUCACCACUGUUCUGGGCGCAGCGUCCGCUAAGCCCCAGCCGGGCUUCCGCCUGUUGGUGCCCAUGCCGAGGCCCCGGGGCUCCUCCAGCAAACAAGUGAAGAGGAAGAACUCAGCGGCUCAUAGUGGAGGGGAGGUGGAAAGGGAACAAGAGGAAGAGGUAGGAGACGAGUAUUCUGCCAAAGCGGGGUUUCUGAGCCUAUAGAAUGUGAUUGUUUAUAAUCCGUCAGCACUUUUGUUUAGUUCUCGAUGCUGUUCCUCACUCCUGUCAGUCUGCACUGAGCCAUCAAUUUCCAGAAGAUCAGGAGACCUUCAAGUAAGGGAAGACAAAUGUAAUAUCUAGAAACAUUAUUUUCUAUCAAAUUUAUAUUUACAAGUUUACACACAUGUCACAAUACAAUACCUCUCAUAACCUUCAGGACUCCCCGUCAGAUCCGAAGCCACUGGAACAUUUUUUAACCAACAUUUCUGUUGUAUCGCCUUCCACUCCAGCUCAUCUCAGAUCGAGCUGGGUAGUUUAGAUGAAAUGAAACUUCUAGGACUGGUGUUUAGGAGGCGAAAAAGUGUUCUCUUUUUGAAAAUCAUAUUCUGAGGAAAACCUUAAACACAGCUGUCAUGAUGUUGUGAUUGUUUUGAUUAUCAUAGUUUCUGAUAGGUCUGUACAAGACUCUUGUAUUUGGUGAAUGUUGAUGGAAAUGUCUGCAUCUGAAGCCUACAAAAAAUGAUUUUAUGAAUUCCUAUUUUUCCAUUUUGUCCUUAGUUCUGUGUGUUUGCCAAAGGUACUGUAGUGGUGUCAUUUGUAUGUUCAGGGGCGUCUACUUGUAGAGAAACAGAACUGUGAAGUGAGUUUUAGUAGUCUGCAUCUUCUAAAAGUAUACACCAGUUGUGCUGUUAACAUUUUUAAACAAUAUUAACUUAACACCUCAAUCCCAUCAGGAACAGCAGAUGUUAAAAUGUUUCCUAGCUGGAUGAGUAUACAAAUCUCAGACUAUCAUCCAGAUGUUAAGUGCUGCAGUCAAAUCUAAUGAUGUACUCAAUGCAAUGAGAAUUUCUGUCAUGCUGACGAGAGAUUGUUCUCCCAUCUAAAUCAGAUCGAGCACUUUUAUCAUCACAGAAGGAGCGUUUUUCAAUGAAAUAUAACCAUUUCCACGCUUGAACAAUCAAUACUGAAGUAUUUCUGAAUGGAUUGACUUUGCCUUCUUCGAGCAAAAGGUAACAUCAGACACUAAAGGAUAUGUAUUACCUGAUGGGAUUUUGAAAGUACUGUAUGCCUCAUUCAGGACACUGAGAACACAAUGUCUGACUGCAAAUACAUUUUUAACUGUUACGCCAGACUGGUUAUAACCUGUGUUUUUAUAUAUGUACAUAGUACUAUAUGUAUAAAUGGAGAAAGACAAAGAACAUGCCACUACUUGAAAUUGUUUUCGCCUUAUUCCAAAAAAGGGCAGCUUUCUUUGUGAAACUAAUGUUUUUCUACAGUACAGUGUUUUCUCAAUAGACCUGUGAUGUGAAUAUGUUUUUUUCUUUUUAUUGAGUUUGAAUAAAAAAGCC